ACGGAAAUUAAAAAACAGAGUUGCUGCACAAACUGCCAGAGACAGAAAGAAGGCUCACAUGGAUUCCAUACAGUCCAGAGUGUCUAUUCUUGAAGCAAAGAAUAGACAACUUUUAAUGGCUAAUGAAGCACUUCGAAAACAGAGCAACUUAUUAAAUGAAGAAAACAAAUCACUAAAAGCUCAAUUAAGAUUACAACAGAAUUCUACAGUAGAAAUUAAACAGGAAAAAGACUCUAAAGACACAACAUUGUGUAAGUUGGAGAGAGAUGGGUGCGGGUCUGCAGUACUCUCAGUUCCUCAGCAGAAGGAGCACACCCAGAUUCUGUCCAGCUGGCUAGCAAUGCUUCUCUUGUGGAGUCUGAAUUCCUGUUGGGGUUACUCGAAGACCUCAACUCCGAUGGAUUCUUUGAAGAGAAACCUGGAGACAUUAUUUCCGAACUCUCCAGUGAAUCCGAAUGUCCCACAGAUGCCCAGGUGGUGGGGCCCACAACGCCAAUUGGAAUCCCUUAAUGAACUGAUACGAUUUGAUCAUGAAUACUACAAAAAACCAGUGAUCUGUGAACAAUCAGUCGACAAUAAAACAACUGCAACUACUGAAGAAAAGACUGUAGUACCAGACAUGAUUCCUUCACCAGCAAUUCCUGAUGUCGCUGUUCUUGACAUGGAGACGGAACCAGAUAUGUCAGAAAUGUUUAGUUCAUCAGUUGACUUGAACUGCAAUAUUGAGGACUUGCUAAGUGUAGAUUCUGCAAAAUGUGAUAGUUACAGUGACUCUGGUAUUUCUGACUCAGAAUCGAUGGGUUUCCCUGCUUCUCCACUAAGUAAUGAUUGGCAAGAAACAUUUACAGACUUAUUCCCAUCCCUUGUGUGAAAUGAUCAAAAUAUAAUCGGAAAUCCAAUAUGAAGUACUCAAUACUACUAUUAUUAUUUAUAGUAGCCUGUAUAUAUUUUCUUAUUUAUGAUAGAUGACAUGGUAAUAAUCAUUUCUUCAGUAGUUAUCCUGUCGGCAUAAUAAAAAUGUUCAUAAAUGAAA